AUGACCGCAAUCCUCACAGACGCAGGAUCAGGAGAAUCCCUCUAUUUUUCGCCGCUGCAGAGAACGACACGGGAGCGAUGUGUAAAACUAUUGGCCAGCGGCUCCGUGGAUGCAACUCAACGAGGGGCUCUGGGGGAGACAGUUCUCCACGUUGCCGCUCUCUACGGCAACCUUGAUGCUGUCGUUAUUCUUCUGGACGCGAUGCCGGAGCUGGUGAACGAACCUGUCCUGAACGAACUUUACAGAGGGGAGACGGCCCUCCACAUGGCGGUGGUCAACCAAGAUGUGCGAUUGGUCCGAGAGCUGGUGGCGCGAGGGGGAGACGUCCAGACCCCCCGAGCAACGGGCGACUUGUUCACCCGCGGACCCCACGCCCAGAGCGGAACCCCCACUGGGGCCCUGGUCUACUGUGGGGAACACGUCCUGUCGUUUGCCGCCUGCACCCCCCCGAACGAGGAGAUUGUCCGGGGUGGUGGUCCCGCUGCCCGGCGCCGAUAUCAGAGCGACAGAUUCACUGGAUGUUUCCAUGUUAUGUGUUGCAUGUUCCAUGUCCCUUGUAACGUGAUGCUUGAGCCGUGUUCUCCCCCCACACAGAUGUUCCAGCACCUGAUGUCCAGGAGGUGUCUCGGGGAGUGGAGGUUGGGGGGAGUGAGGACUCGACUCUAUGACCUGGAGCAUCUCGACUCGUCCAACGAUGACCAGUCCAUCCCCACUCUGGUGCUGGCCAGUCCCAGACCACAGGCACUCUGCAUCCUGGACCUGUCUCCGUUGAAGGAGUUGAUCUCACUGAAGUGGGAGGGUUGUGGAAGACAUUAUUUCCGUCUCCUCACGCUGGUCUACAUCCUCUACAUCAUCACCUUCACCCUCUGCUGUGUUCACCGGCCCCUAACUCCCCGUGUCCACAACGUCACCGACCCCAGAGACACAACCGUGAUGGUGCAGAGACGUCUACAGAGCGUACAUGACGACCAGAUCCGUCUGGUGGGGGAGAUCAUCAGUGUGGUGGGGGCCAUCAUCACCCUGCUGCUGGAGCUCUCUCUCUCUCUCUCUCUCCCCCACACUCUCUCUCCCUGCAGCAUGAGUUACUCGUGUCUGGUGUUGACCAUCCUGGUGUUGAGACUGACAGAGACGGGGGGAGAGGGCGUCCUCAUGUCCCUCGCUCUGGUCCUGGGAUGGACCAACCUCAUCUACUUUGGCCGAGGCUUUCCCAUGCUGGGUCCGUUCACCAUCAUGAUACAGAAGAUGAUAUUUGGGGAUUUACUGCGAUUCAUUUGGCUGAUGUUCCUCGUUCUGAUGGGAUACACGCCCCUCUGCCUGUUCACCAUUUUUCCCAGCUGUUCCUUGGCCCUGCUGGACAUCCCCAUCAACUACCAGCGUUGGACCCCCAACAUCAUCAAGAUCCUCUACGUCUCCUACAUGGUCUUUGCCUUCCUGCUGAUGGUCAACCUGCUCAUCGCCAUGAUGGGCGACACGCAUUGGAGGGUGGCCCACCAACGAGACCAGCUGUGGAGGGCUCAGAUUGCUGCCACCACGAUGCUCCUGGAGCGACACAUCCCCCGGUGUCUGUGGCGGGUCGGCAUCGACGGGGAGAGACUGGGUCUUGGGGAGAGAUGGUUUCCUCAG